UGGCGGGAUGCGGCCCUGGCUUGUUUUCCUUCGGCGCGCGUAGAGGGGCUCAGCAGUGCUCACUGGGCAGCCUUGCCGGGUUGCUGCGUUGAAUCCUUCCCCUGCGUUUCCUGGGCAGGCUCUGGCUGUGAUGCCUUGGUUCUCGUGUCGCCGAGGUGCUCUCUGUAACAGUACCGGGAGACAACAAGCACAACCCCUGUGCAGCAACGCUUAAAGGGGUUUGUUAGAGAUCGGCAUGGGCUCGGUCAGCGUUCUUGAAGCGUUUUUCUGAGGAAGCAGCUUUAUCUUCAGCUCCUUGUGCUUAAUUCUGUGUUCCUUUGGGACAGCAGGAGUUGUGUGUGAAGAACUUGGUGAUUUUGUCCUGUCACGUUGGAGAGGGUUUGGUGCCUAUGACUAAGGGGCUUGUUUUUGUAACGGAAGUUGGACCGUUUGUCAGAGCAAGUCUUUUGAUGGCAGGUUUAAUGUAUUCUGGUUUAUGGGAAAGGUGUGUUCUGCACAACCUGGGCAGCUGGUGUUAGCAUUGAAAUGGGAGAGUUAGCGGGUCGCAGCAGUUUGAAUGGGAUUCAGAGCAGAAAGUAAAAUUCCAAAUCAGGAAGGAAAGGGGAUAUUUCUGAAAUGCAACAGGUUGUUGGUACUUUGUGUGUUCAUUUUACACACCCACUGAAGAGUAACGGGAAUGACAGACUAAUGCAAUUUGGGAAGGAAAAGCUGUGCCCAGCGUUUGAUGAAAGGGGAGGAAAAUUGUUAGGCAUUGGCAUAGGGCUGUUUAUAAUAUAAACAGCAUUUAUUUGGAUGCCCUGGGCUCUGUGCACUUGACAGUACUGAUUCCAGCUUGAUAUACUGGCCCUUGUUUUUCCAAAGCCCUUGGGGUUACUAGGCUUUCGAACUGCUAGGUUUUCUGUUUCCAGUGCCAACCUUUUUGUCUUUGCUGUGUUUGUCAGAGAAACAACCCAAACAUCUCCAAGAGAGAAACCUAACCUAACUCCAUGGCUCAGCAUCAGGCAGUGUAGCAUGUGAUGCAUAUUAGUACUGUUUUUAGCACACUGGAGAAUUCUAAGCGCAAGUUCAGAGUAAUAUUGGAGCUUCUGUAUUUAACUAAAAUAAUUGAAAUUGAUGUCUAAGUGUCUUUUUGUCUACCUAGAAACCUCUCUGUAGUGUGAGUUCUGAAUCAGCUGAGAGAAAAUGACUGCAAUCAAGCAUGCUUUACAGAGGGAUAUUUUCACUCCCAAUGAUGAACGUUUGUUGAGCAUUGUCAACGUAUGCAAAGCAGGCAAAAAGAAGAGAAACUGCUUUUUGUGUGCCACAGUGACAACGGAACGACCUGUGCAAGUAAAUGUGGUAAAAGUGAAAAAAUCUGACAAGGGAGAUUUCUACAAAAGGCAGACUGCAUGGGCACUUCGGGAUCUUGCUGUUGUUGAUGCCAAAGAUGCUGUUAAAGAGAAUCCUGAAUUUGACUUGCAUUUUGACAAAGUGUACAAAUGGGUUGCAAGCAGCACAGUGGAAAAGAACACCUUCAUUUCAUGUAUCUGGAAACUCAAUCAGAGAUAUCUUAGAAAGAAAAUCGACUUCAUUAAUGUUAGUUCACAGCUUUUGGAAGAACUGCCUAAAGUUGCAGAAGAAUCUGUUCCAAGUGGAGAGAACCAAAGUGUAGCAGGAGGUGAUGAAGAGGCUGUGGAUGAAUACCAGGAGUUAAAUGCAAGAGAGGAACAGGAUAUUGAAAUAAUGAUGGAAGGGUGUGAAUGUGCUAUUUCUAAUGCUGAAGCCUUUGCAGAGAAGUUGUCGCGAGAGCUACAAGUACUAGAUGGGGCAAAUAUCCAGUCAAUUAUGGCCUCAGAGAAACAGGUGAAUAUCUUGAUGAAGUUGCUGGAUGAAGCUCUAAAGGAAGUUGACCAAAUUGAGCUAAAGCUGAGCAGUUAUGAAGAAAUGCUUCAGAGUGUAAAAGAGCAAAUGGACCAAAUAUCAGAAAGUAACCACCUAAUUCAUCUCAGCAACACGAAUAAUGUGAAGCUGCUAUCAGAGAUAGAGUUCUUAGUGAAUCACAUGGAUUUGGCUAAAGGUCAUAUAAAAGCCCUUCAGGAGGGAGACCUGACAUCUUCUCGAGGCAUUGAGGCCUGCACUAAUGCAGCAGAUGCCCUUCUGCAGUGCAUGAAUGUAGCUCUUCGUCCAGGACAUGACAUGCUUCAUGCAGUGAAACAGCAACAGCAGCGUUUUAGUGACUUGCGCGAGCAAUUUGCACGGAGACUUGCCAGUCAUUUGAACAGUGUGUUUGUUCAGCAGUCUUCUCAGACCCUCCUUCACCUCUAUAGCAGGUCCCACUCUAUUUCAGUUCCAGGUCACGAUCAGAGCUCUACUCUUGCCCAGCACUCUGUUGAAUUGACAUUACCCAAUCACCAUCCAUUUCACAGAGAUUUACUUCGGUAUGCUAAACUGAUGGAGUGGCUCAAGAACACAGAUUAUGGAAAAUAUGAAGGGCUAACUAAGAAUUAUAUGGAUUAUUUAUCACGACUAUAUGAAAGGGAAAUAAAAGAUUUCUUUGAAGUUGCCAAGAUCAAGAUGACAGGCACAACCAGAGAGGGAAAAAAGUUUGCUACACUGCCUCGAAAAGAAAGUGCUGUCAAACAGGAAACUGAGAGUCUUCAUGGAAGUUCCGGAAAACUGACCGGUUCUACUUCUAGCCUAAACAAACUCUCUGUUCAGAGUUCGGGAAACCGUAGGUCUCAGUCAUCCUCACUGUUGGAUAUGGGAAACAUGUCUGCCUCUGACCUUGAUGUGGCUGAUAGAACAAAAUUUGAUAAGAUUUUCGAGCAAGUAUUAAGUGAACUUGAGCCUCUGUGUCUGGCAGAACAGGACUUCAUUAGUAAAUUUUUCAAGCUACAGCAACAUCAGAGCAUCUCAGGAUCAGCAACGAAUGAGGCGGAGGAAAUGGAUGCAGGAGCUUUAUCUCGUUCAUAUACCUCUGGUGUUCCACAAACAGUGUCAUCUGAGAAGGACAUGAUUCGACAAAUGAUGACAAAAAUAUUUCGUUGCAUUGAACCUGAGCUGAAUAAUCUCAUAGCGCUGGGGGACAAGAUUGAUAGCUUUAAUUCACUUUAUAUGUUAGUUAAGAUGAGUCAUCAUGUGUGGACAGCACAAAAUGUGGACCCAGCUUCCUUUCUCAGCACUACCCUUGGAAAUGUUCUGGUGACUGUCAAAAGGAACUUUGAUAAAUGCAUUAGUAAUCAAAUGAAGCAGAUGGAUGAAGUAAAAAUCUCAAAGAAGAGUAAAGUUGGGAUCCUUCCAUUUGUUGCUGAAUUUGAAGAGUUUGCAGCCCUUGCUGAAUCAAUUUUCAAAAAUGCAGAACGACGAGGAGAUCUAGAUAAAGCCUACAUAAAACUUAUUAGAGCUGUUUUUGUCAGUGUUGAGAAAGUAGCUAAUGAAAGCCAGAAAACACCCAGAGAUGUGGUCAUGAUGGAGAAUUUCCAUCAUAUUUUUGCAACACUUUCUCGCUUGAAAAUUUCUUGUCUUGAAGCUGAGAAAAAAGAAGCCAAACAGAAAUACACUGAUCAUCUUCAGUCUUAUGUAAUCUACUCACUCGGACAGCCUCUUGAAAAAUUAAAUCAUUUUUUUGAAGGUGUUGAAGCUCGUGUGGCACAAGGUAUACGAGAGGAGGAAGUAAGCUAUCAGCUGGCUUUUAAUAAACAAGAGCUUCGUAAAGUGAUAAAGGAAUAUCCUGGCAAGGAAGUGAAGAAGGGCUUGGAUAAUCUCUACAAGAAGGUCGAUAAACAUCUCUGUGAAGAAGAAAACUUACUUCAGGUUGUGUGGCAUUCCAUGCAAGAUGAGUUUAUACGACAGUACAAGCACUUUGAAGGGCUGAUAGCUCGCUGCUAUCCUGGAUCAGGAAUUACUAUGGAAUUCACUAUACAGGAUAUAUUAGACUACUGCUCCAGUAUUGCACAGUCUCAUUAAGUUCUAGAAAGAAAAACAGAAGCCAGAAAAGUUUGUACCUGUGUAUAAGGGAAUCAAACACUAUAAAAGCUACUUGUUUUUAAAGGUGGAUUUCUGUGUGUCUGUGUAGGUAACUGCCGCGUGUGUCAAGUCACACUCCUGCUUCAAAUGUCUUUCAGGGCAGCAUGAAACCUUCGGGGAUUUGUUGCUCUUCUCCUGGGUUGAAGUACUGUUUGAAAGGAUUAAUUCUGCAAAACACUUGGGAAAUAGCUUUUCCCUUCCCUUAAUGCUGAGAUACUUUUAUUUAUAAUCCCUUCUCUUGCUAAAAGCGUUAAGCACUAACUUCAUGGUAUGCCAACAGGAUACUACUGGUUUCACUAAUACUUUGCAUCUUGAAUGUUGUGUAAGCAUUAAAGACUAUAAAAUAUUUUCCCUUUCUCUUUCCAGAAGGUAUGGAUGUGGAACUUUAUGCAGUGGGAAUACUGAAUUCAUGUUCUGAGAUGUAAUGUGUCAAUGGCUAUAAUUCUGAAUUAAACUGUUCAUCAUGUUCUUUA